AUGUUGGUAGCAGAAUGGGAUAAACAGAAAGGUGGUUAAGUCUAUAGCAUAUGAAGAGAUGGUAUGUGCGUUAGACAAUCGAUCUCGAUUGGUGGUUCUGGUUUGACAUACGUGUAUGGCUAUGUAGACGCACAGUACAAGUCUAACAUGUCAAAAGACGACCCAGACAGCACACAUGUCCAAAAUACAUCCAAAAGAUAUCCAAAGGAUAUCCAGAGGACGUCUUGUAGUCCCAAAACCAUCCUCUGGACGUCUUUUGGAUAUGUUGUGCUGUCUGGGGAGUGCCUCAAGCUGAUGAAGAACACACUCGCAUUAGCCAUGGCUCGCGAUGGUAGCAGCGGUAGCGUCAUACGAACUGGUGUGAUUACGGAAAAAGGAAUCGAAAGGAAAGUCAUAUUGGGCAACGAGUUGCCGCGCUUUUACAAAGGUUGAAGAUGAUUAAAUCUCUG